AUGGCCUCUGGAUUCAGUUUCAACGGAGGUACCCCUCGGUGUUUCGCUUUCUGGCAGGAAUUCUCCAAAUGCUACGCCCAAACUGAUGCACCAAGUCAAUGCCGACUCCAGGCCGAUGACUACCUAGAAUGCCUGCACCACACUAACGAAAUCGCCCGAGCAAAAGCGAUCAAGGCUGAGUUUGUGAGGAAGGCGACGCAUCAGGCGCAGGAGGGACGGAAGCAGGCCGACAUCCUUGCGGACGGAGUGAUUGUCGGGGUCGGACUGAUACAGCGAGGUCAAGGUGAAGCAGCAGCAGCGAGUUGA